AUGCCGUCAGCAAGAAAGCGCGCCUUGCGCGACGUCGACCACGACGCCGGCGCUUCCAAUCCUGCCACGGAAACCCCAAAGGAGACAUCCUUGCUGCAAAACAUCAGAAAUAUGUGGCAAUUCGCCAACUUGUAUCAAUGGAUUUACAUAUUCGGCAAGGUUGUCAAGAUCGACGACAGUAUCGAUAUGGACGUUCUGGAAACCGAAUGCCUAAAGCCGAAUUCUCCCGUUCUCGUAGAAGUCGGCCUGGCCUUGCUGAAGUGGGUGUCAUCGCAUCGCGGACUGACUCCUGACCUGUUCGACGAGUAUACGAGGCGACAAUAUGUUGCGAAAAAGCCCGAUCACAACCCGUUUGGCACCGAUGAGGAGCCUGCCAGGUUUCACGACUUCGAUGUUUUCACAAAGAUCAAGGUUCUGCAGCAACUUACGCAAUGGGUCAUGUUGCAUUCCGAGCGCAUCCGAGAGAAGAUGGACGAGCAGAAACCUUCAGAUCAGACUGACUGGAGAAUAGAGCCGUACGGCUGGGACAGCGAUGAUCGCACAUACUUUCUUCUGGAUGACGAUCGGCUGUAUCGCAUGACCGAGGCCCCUCCUCCUAGUGCUGAGUGGAAACCCAAGAAGAACUCGAAGAAGGCAAAGGCCGCAGCAAGAGCAGCCAAGCGCCGCCGUGUUUCCAGAUCCUCUACUGCCAAUAUUGAAGAUGCCGAUGGUGGCUCUGAGUCUGAAGGCGAGAAACCUGCUGAGCCGGGAGAUGACGGCCUCGGCGGUGCGAAGUGGGAGUGUAUUGCUGUCACCUUGAAAGAAGUUCGAGCUUUUUUAAACAACAUUCGCAAGACUCGCGAUGACAAUGAGAAGAUCCUCAGAGACCGUAUUGAAGAAGGUCUUGUGCCUAUUCUCGAGAAGUACGAAGAAUCCCGGAAGAGAAAGGCGCUGCAACGAGAAAAAGAACUGCUCAACCUGGAGAAAUUGGCUCAUGCAAAGAGAUCUAGCCGUCUUGCCAACAAACAAGAACAACAGAAGUAUGAAGAGCAAGCUCGGCAGGAAGAACAGCGUCGGUUUGCUGAAGAGGCAGCUGCGAGGAAGGCGGAACAAAAGCGCCUCAAAAUGGAAAACGAGCGCGAUAACAGGCUUAUGUCGAGAGAGAAUCGUCUACGGGAACGAGAGGCACGCCGGCUACAACACGAAGAGCUUGCGCAACUCUCGGAAGACAGCAAGAACCUGAGUGUUAGCGGUACCGGACGACUAUCUGAGCGUCGGCUUCAAGUCGAAAUCGACAAGAAAAAACAAGCCUUGGAGGAGCUCGAAGAGGAAGAGGAAGACUGGUUCUUCGACUGUGUCUGCGGCGUCCACGGUCAGGUGGAUGACGGCACGCACAGCAUCGCAUGCGAGAAGUGCAACGUGUGGAUGCAUAGCAAAUGUGUUGACAUCAGCGAAAAGGAAGCAGAUCGUGAUGACUUUCACUUUGUUUGCAGCGGCUGCAAACGGAAGCAGGCAAACCCCAAGCCUACGAUCAUCAAGCUGAAGGUCAAGAAUCCCGGUGAUGCUCCUUCCUCGCCGCCUACAGUGCAGUCAGUUGACGGAACCCCUCGGCAACCUCGAUCAGCUUCGCGCCAGUCUGGCUUCGUUGUCGAGAUCCCCUCAAAAGCUCCAGACCGCUCCGGUUCACCAGAGAAAACUAACGGUGCGGUUCCUCAAGCCCAGCCCCAAGGGUUUGACGGGUCACAGUUGCGCCCUACUUCCCUCUCCCUAGCAUCUAAUAAAUCGGCCAUUCCGAAGAAGCAGUCCAAACAGACACCCGUGCUUCCGCCUCCAUCGCCAUAUAUGAACGGUGAAGGCUCAAAUCCCUUCUCAUCACCACAUCCGACGCUGUCACCUCCUCAACAAUCACCAAACAAGUCCAGAGCUUACUCUACGAUAAACCAUUCAUCGCCAAGCUCCGGACCUAGUAGCAAUGGUGAGCACAGGAGCUUGCCACCAAAAGGGAUUUUUCACAUCUCCCCCAAAGUCACUGGAGCGGUACAAGUGCAACACCAGACACCUGUAAGUGCAUUGCCACCUCACGCGGACGUCACAGUGCCUCCCGUUGCUGCAAGAUCAGAUUCUCCGCUCAAGCAACCCCUUGAAGCUGCCAACAACACAUUGCCCGUGCUUUCUCCACCAUCCGUGUCGUUCUCGACAUCGGGUCAACCAGCCAGCAGCUGCACAACACCAGGGUUUUCUACACCACAAUUUGAACAUAGCAAGCCGGGACCGAAUGCCAACGUCGCAACACCGGCACUACCGCCAACUCAGAAUGGUCUCUCACCUCUGAAACGCUCACCGCCAGCUCAGCGGCACAGCAAUAAUGUGCAUACUCCUGCGCCUGCCAUUCUUCCCCCUGUUGCCGCGUUGUCUCCAACCCCGUCGCAGCAGAUCAUGACUCCGCCGGUCAAGUUAGCUGAGCCUAUACGGCCUUCAUCACAGCAAUCUAGCAGCGGCACCGGAAGUUCUUGA